GCCAUGCAGCCCGAUGAGCUACAACAUUAGUCUUGCUCCCUAGCCUCGAACGCCAGUGUUCGCGAGCUCAGAGCUCAAAAGAAACCAAGCAAAAGCCAUCGCAUGGAACCAAAGUGCAUGUUCCCUGACCAUGUACCGCUAAUCAGCAGCUCUCGUGUCACGCUUGCAUGAUGCUGUUUGACCUCAUGUCCAUCAGCCCCCAGCUUCAGCUCUCCAACCCAACGUCGCACGACUUUCAUCUUCAACCCAACCCAACCCAACCAACCACCAUCAAGCAACAAGCAACAAUGUCCCCCUCCGAAAUCACCGACCUCAAAAAAGCAGAGCAAGUAGCGCAAUCAGACGGCGGCCCCAAAACCGACCGCGCCACCGCCAUGCGCAACAAAGCGUACGACGCCGACAAGAUGGAGAAUGAGCUGGAGAUGCACAAAGCGAAUAAGACAAAGGUAUCGUCUGCGGAGGAAGUCGGGGGGAGGAAGGGGAAGGGGACGUUGACGGGGGUAUUGGAGAAGAUCACGCCGGAUAAUAGGGAGAAGGAGAUUCCUACCGGGUAAGGUGGAGAUGGGGUAGAGGACGCGAGAAUUGAAGGGCUUCCCGUGCACAUGACGGAGAUAUUCCCUGCGAGGGAAAAAGAUUUCAUGUCGAGGAGGAAUCUAUCCACACAAAC